CAACCCCAAAUAAUAUUACUUAAAGAAGGAACUGAUUCUUCACAAGGAAAACAGCAAUUGAUAUCAAAUAUCAAUGCAUGUCAAGUGGUAGUAGAUGCUGUGAGGACCACUCUAGGCCCUCGAGGAAUGGAUAAACUUAUUGUGGACCAAAAUGGGAAAGCCACCAUCUCAAAUGAUGGUGCAACUAUAUUAAAACUUUUGGAAGUUGUUCAUCCUGCAGCCAAGACCUUGGUAGAUAUUGCUAAGUCUCAAGAUGCAGAAGUUGGCGAUGGUACUACCAGUACAGUUCUAUUAGCUGGAGAAUUUUUGAAGCAGAUGAAACCCUUCAUCGAGGAAGGAGUACACCCACGUGUUAUGAUUAAAGCUCUUCGUCUUGCACUCCAAGUAUCUAUUGAUAAAAUAAAUGCAGUGAGCGAAAAGUUUGAUAAAUCUCAGAAAGCAAGACUAAGGGAACUUUUACAAGAAUGCGCAGCCACAUCUAUGAGCUCGAAAUUGAUUCAUCAACAAAAAGAAUUCUUUAGCCGUUUAGUAGUAAAAGCUGUUAUGAUGCUUGAUGAUAUGUUACCACUAAACAUGAUUGGUAUUAAGAAGGUGUCUGGCGGAGCUUUAGAAGAUUCAGAAUUAGUUACAGGUGUAGCCUUUAAGAAAACGUUUUCGUAUGCUGGAUUUGAAAUGCAACCUAAAAAAUACAAGGAUUGUAAAAUUGCUUUGUUGAAUAUAGAAUUGGAACUCAAAGCAGAGAGGGACAAUGCAGAAAUACGAGUAGACAAUGUUAUUGAAUAUCAAAAAGUAGUUGAUGCGGAAUGGCAAAUAUUAUACAAUAAAUUAGACAAAAUUCACAAGAGUGGUGCCCAAGUUGUGUUAUCUAAGUUGCCCAUUGGUGAUGUUGCUACGCAGUAUUUCGCAGAUAGAGAUAUGUUUUGUGCAGGACGAGUUCCUGAAGAGGAUUUGAAAAGAACAAUGAAGGCUUGUGGUGGCAGUAUUUUAACAACAGUACAUGAUAUUAAAGAUUCAGAUUUGGGCAGGUGCGAGAUGUUCGAAGAAAAGCAAAUUGGUGGAGAGAG